UCUUGAAUCAGCUUAUGUCACGAGUUUCCUCGGGUUCUCUUUCUCUCUCUAUAUCUAAUUGGUUUAAACAGAACAUUGAACAUUACACUUCCCUCAUUUAAAGCUCUCAUAUGCUAUAUUUUCUUUUCUUUUUCAAUUUCUUUUCUCUUCAUUCCAUUAAUUAACCUCUCCUCUCUCUUUCUGGUAGACUGAUAUACGUCCCUUCACCUCCAAACUAGCUACCUUUCCAUUUUCUUUUACACCUUUCUUUCUUUACCUUUCUUUUCUUUUUCUUGUUCUGGAAUUCGCUUUCCUUCUUGUUUCUUUUGAUUCUCAACCAAUCGCUACAAGAUCAAAAACCUAAUCUUUAAUUAUACUUUUGCUCUUUAUUCCUCACGCUCUCCUAUAUUCUGUUUCUAUAUUACUUAUAAAGGUUUUGUUAGUUAUUUUCUUGGAUCCAAAACAUGGGUUUUUCAGGUAAGCCUCAAGUGGAUAAUGGGUUAGAAUUGGAUUGUAAGAAAUGGGUAAUUGCAGGAAUUCCUUUAAGAGCGCCAUUAAAGAAGAUAUAUACAAAUCCAGUUGACAAAGAAAGCGAAAGUGAUCAUGACUGUUCAACAACUCCGACCAGCGAAGAAUCGAGAAUUUCGGCUAGACUUACGUGCCCGCCGGCUCCAAAGAAACGAAAGGCUACGUUGAAAUGUAAUUAUAAUGGCGUUAGAGAGUUCUUUACUCCUCCUGACUUGGAUACUGUUUUUAUACGUCAUGUCGAAAGGGCUAACUGAUUGAUAUAUUUCUAUAUAUCAUCAUCAUCAUCAUCAUCAUCAUCAUCAUCGUCAUCAUGAUAAAAAAUGCCUAUUCAUGAGAUUUGCUUUCUUUUUUUUGGUGCCUUUAGAGUUUAUAGUCUGUUUUUAUUUUUGGGUUUUUGAGUUUAGGGCACUUUUUAGUGUUUAGGAGAUAGAGGAGCUUGUGUACAGCUUGUAUAAGUAAUAAAAGCUACUACUACAGUUAAUUUAGCAAGGUCCUUUACUGAUUUGUUUCUCUCCCGCAAGCUUCUUGUUAUGGCUAAUUGUUAACAACGCUAUCUAAUUUACCAUUUUUGUGUG